GCUGUCUCUAGGAAUGCGGUCGCCCCCUUGGGAAAGUACAUAUCUGGGAGCAGCAGGCGGCUCCGCGCUCGCACUUCGGCUCGGUCGCCCCACCGCGCACUCGCCUCUCCGCUCCCGCCGCAGCCCCAGGGCCCCUCGCCGCCGCCACCAUGGACGCCAUCAAGAAGAAGAUGCAGAUGCUCAAGCUCGACAAGGAGAACGCCUUGGAUCGAGCCGAGCAGGCGGAGGCCGAUAAGAAGGCGGCGGAGGACAGGAGCAAGCAGCUGGAAGAUGAGCUGGUGUCGCUGCAAAAGAAACUCAAGGGCACCGAAGAUGAACUGGACAAAUACUCCGAGGCUCUCAAAGAUGCCCAGGAGAAGUUGGAGCUGGCGGAGAAAAAGGCCACUGACGCUGAAGCCGAUGUAGCUUCUCUGAACAGACGCAUCCAGCUGGUUGAGGAAGAGUUGGAUCGUGCCCAGGAGCGACUGGCAACAGCUUUGCAGAAGCUGGAGGAGGCCGAGAAGGCAGCGGACGAGAGUGAGAGAGGCAUGAAAGUCAUUGAAAGUCGAGCCCAAAAGGAUGAGGAGAAAAUGGAAAUUCAGGAGAUCCAACUGAAAGAGGCCAAGCACAUUGCUGAAGAUGCCGACCGCAAGUAUGAAGAGGUGGCCCGUAAGCUGGUCAUCAUUGAGAGUGACCUGGAACGCGCAGAGGAGCGGGCUGAGCUCUCAGAAAGCCAAGUUCGACAGCUGGAAGAACAAUUAAGAAUAAUGGAUCAGACCUUGAAAGCAUUAAUGGCUGCAGAGGAUAAGUACUCACAGAAGGAAGACAAAUAUGAGGAAGAGAUCAAGGUUCUUUCUGACAAGCUGAAGGAGGCUGAGACUCGGGCUGAGUUUGCGGAGAGGUCAGUAACUAAAUUGGAGAAAAGCAUUGAUGACUUAGAAGACGAGCUGUACGCUCAGAAACUGAAGUACAAAGCCAUCAGCGAGGAGCUGGACCACGCUCUCAACGAUAUGACUUCCAUGUAAAUGUUCAUGCACCCUGCCUGCUCACAUCCGUGCCCUCACGCUAAUAUGAUAAACUCACCACUGCUCCCUUCUCUACCUCCAGAAUCUCCAUCUUCACACCUUUCUGUUUGCUUUCUCUGCAUAAUCUUGGAUAGUUAUUGUCUGCUCACAUUCUACUAAUGUAAAAGCCAAGUAGAUUAAGUCAGUCUAUACACAUCAUUUUCUCUUCAGAAUUUCACGAUCUCUGAGCUAGAUUGUCCCCACCAAGCGGCGAACUGAAAUAGGAAUGACUUGAGCACUACCCUUUUAGGAAAUUAAACUAGGCUCAAGCAAAAUCUGAAGACUAUGCAGUGGUGCAGGAGCUUCCCCAGAAAUUUCAAAUAUCAGUUUCCUGAGAUUCAAUUAAAUACAGUAGGGUCAUUUUUGUAAAAGAACUAUACAUUUAAGGAACCCUCAAAUGUCCAGUUCCAGAGGAUCUGAGAGGAGAUAGAUCCACCACAGCCUAAGGAGUGGUGCUGUGAGAGAUGAUCUCUUCCUCACUGUCUUCUCACAGUUCUGGAGAGUAACGGUUCAUCUGCUGAAUAACCAAGCCUUUAAUUUUCUGUGUUUAGACAAAAGGCAUUGAAAUAUUCACAGUGAACACGACAGCUGGUGUCAAAGAAUUGGGAUAUAAGACCCCGAUUACACAGCAUGUGUAAUGAGCUCAGGAGUUAAUGGCUCACCGUUAACUGUGUGAGGCAGCGAGAGUCGGAGUACAUACCUUGUUCAUAUGAGAACUUUGAGCACACACAGCUAAUCCAGGAUUGCUAACCCAACCUAAGCAUUACAUUUCUCCCACUUUAAAUUCUAACCUGGAGUGUUGCCCAGAGCAUUCUCUUCAUUCUAAUAAUAUGGCACUGAAUUCCAGAUGAGCUGGAAGUUUCAGACCCACCCAUGCAUGGACAUGGUAGUGUCGAGAGUGGCAUGUGCCUGCUGCCUUACAGGCUAUAGAAUUUCCACAUCACCAUUAGAGACACGACUGUCGCCUUGGAAAGUAGAAUUGCAUCCUCUCUUCCUUCAUUUGUCAAUGAGGGGGUGAAGCAGAACAUCUGUCUCUAAGGUCUUUUCGGGUGCUAAAUGUGGUGAUUCUAUAGGGAAAACUUGUAGCAUCAACUAUGAUCAAGUAUUUUAAAGGUGAGUUAGCUUAAAAUCUGUUUUUGAACUCCUGGGCCUUCUUAACGAUGGGCCGUCACCCAAAGGGGCCCGUGCUGGCCUCGGGUCCAGACACCGUGGGCAAGGGGUCUCCUCCUGCAGGUGCAGUUGGCCGCGGGUUUUGCAUGUCUGCUUCCUGCCUGUUUCAAGUGCUACUCUCCUCUGUUAGUUUGCUUUUCCUUUUUGCCAUUGUGCCACUUUUUUUUUUCUUUUUCUCCCACCUUUUCUCC